CGUUUGCUUAAAAUGUGGUGCUUGGAUUGUAGGUACGCAAAAUCUGAAAUGAAAGGUCUGAAAGGAAAGGUUAAAUAAUUAUUGCAAUUAUUUCGCAGUCAACAAAGAGUACCGUAGUAAGGCUUGGUUUACCUUGACAUAGCCUUGAGUUUGUCUGGAGACGUUAGGUGUCCGAAUUAUUUUAUUUUCCAUUCAUUAAUUCCUCUAGCUAUGUCUGAGCUUCAAGAUAAUUUAUUGCAAAAAAUUAAAGACCAAGGUGAUCUCGUAAGGAAGUUAAAAGCGGCUAAGGAAUCUAGUGAAAAGGGUAAAGCAUCAAAAAAUCCGUUUCGAGAUCUUGGCGAAAUUAAUAGACACCUCUCCGAAUACAGUUAUAUAUCUGGUUUCAUGCCGAGUAAGAUUGAUGUGGAAUGGCAUUAUAACCUAAAAAGUAAUUUAGAUUUUCAAAAAUAUCCUCACCUAAAGAGAUGGUGGUACCAUAUGCGGAGUUUCAGUGACUCAGAGAUAUCUCUGUUUCCAGUUAUAAUUCCUUCAGAUGUAGAAAUGAGUUUGAUUAACAGCAAAAAGAAAGAUUUUGAUCUUCAGAUACAACAGGAGGUAACUAAACUGCUUGGGCUUAAGGCGCAGCUGGGUAAAGAGGAUGCUGCACCAUCAAAGUUUGUCCUCAAAACACCAAAAGGCACAAGGGAUUACAACCCACAGCAGAUGACAAUCAGAAAUAAUGUUUUGCAGAAGAUCAUAACAGUGUUCAAAAAACAUGGUGCAGAAUGUAUUGAUACACCUGUGUUUGAAUUAAAGGAAGUAUUGACAGGAAAGUAUGGGGAAGAUUCAAAAUUGAUCUACGAUUUAAAAGACCAGGGUGGAGAGAUCCUGUCCCUAAGAUAUGACUUAACAGUGCCCCUGGCGAGAUACUUGGCGAUGAAUAAGAUAAAUACACUAAAGAGAUACCACAUUGCUAAAGUCUACAGAAGAGAUAAUCCAGCUAUGACCAGAGGGAGGUAUAGAGAAUUCUAUCAAUGUGAUUUCGAUAUAGCCGGACAAUACGAUUUGAUGGUACCGGAUGCGGAGUGCCUAUUGGUUGUUACGGAAAUAUUAAACGCUCUAGACAUUGGCAAGUAUGUACUUAAAGUGAACCACAGAAGACUACUCGAUGGAAUGUUUGAGGCAUGUGGUGUACCAGCCGAUCUAUUUCGUUCAACUUGUUCAACCAUCGACAAACUGGAUAAGUCACCAUGGGAAGAAGUACGUACAGAGAUGAUCAAUGAAAAAGGCGUAACACCCGAAGCGGCAGAUCGUAUAGGGGAAUACGUACGCCUCAAUGGCGGUGCGGAGUUGGCAGAUAAACUGUUACAAGACGAUAAGUUGUCUAAGAGCAAGAGCGCAAUAGAAGGACUAGAAGGCAUUAAGUUGUUGCUUCACUACUGCGAGCUUUUUGGAAUUAAGGAUAAAAUCUUAUUCGAUUUGAGCCUUGCGCGUGGCUUAGAUUAUUAUACUGGAGUUAUUUAUGAAGCUGUGUUAACACAACCAAUAAAAAUCGGCAAUGAGGACCAAACAGUCGGAUCGAUAGCCGGCGGUGGCCGAUAUGAUAACCUUGUUGGAAUGUUCGAUUCGAAAAAUAAGCAGGUCCCGUGUGUAGGCGUAAGUAUAGGAGUGGAGCGCAUAUUCUCAGUGCUCGAAGCGAAGUUAGCCGCGGGCGAUAUAAGCGUCCGAACGAGUGACGUAGACGUGUACGUCGCGUCCGCACAGAAAAACUUCCUCGAGGAGCGAAUGAAGAUAUGCGCCGAGCUUUGGGGUGCUGGGAUCAAGACCGAGCAAUCCUACAAAAAGAACCCAAAAAUGCUGAAUCAACUGCAGCAUUGCGAAGAGAACGGAAUCCCCCUCGCUGUUAUUCUCGGCGAAUCCGAACUCAAACGUGGCCUGGUAAAGAUACGCAACAUCUCCACCAGAUCUGAGGACGAAAUUCCCAGGGCUUCCCUCGUAGAGGAACUUAAAUCAAGAAUCCAGGUGUUAGACAUCAAAGAAAUGAAUGGACCGCUUCCUAAAUAAAUUAUUAAUAAUACAAUAA